AGGGACAAGGGACAACCCCAAAAAUAGCCAAGGAAAAGGGGGUUUCUCUUCUCUUCGCCGUCUCUCUCUCUCUUUCCUCCCUGAGGCUUCCCCUUUCUUAUCAUUCCCCUGUCGAUGCACCGUUCGACCAGGAGGAGCUCCCCUUCUCAGCUGCUGCAGGGCGAAAGGGAGGAGCCCUUUAUUAAAUGCGCUUUUGCUUCUUACCCAUCAUCGUUUCUUCUCAUUUCAUGUCUCCUAUCGAUCUCCCUCUCUCUUAUCCUCUCGUCGGAACUAGGUUAUCAACCCUAGUUGUUUAUAGUUCUUCUCCAAGACGGCUCUUUUCUGUGUUCAAUCACCACAAAACCGGAUUGGGUUCGAAGUUUUUGCAUUCAUUGCUUCCUUUCUCCAAAAAAGAUGACUGAUAAGGUACUGAUAUUUGGUUCGUUCACUGAAGAUGAGGUCCGAUCAUUCCAAAGGCAAUCCUCGGUGAAGACUGUACAGCCUUUGGACAAUAAGGGCCUGCAAUUUGGUUCUUUGGAUUUUGAAACUGUAAAAUCCUUAGGUGGUUUGAAUGAUAGACCUAGAGAGACUGAUUCUUCAAAGAGGUCAACAAAUUCCCAGCCAUCAAAGCCUAUUACAAAGGACGAUUCAAUCAAGAUUCUGAAGACAACAAAUACUGCUUCUCAAAGUGUUUUAGGGAGUGUAAAAGAAAAUGGAACUGCCCAAAGUUUGUCCAAUAGCUUUCCCACAAGUAACGGGGUAAAAGAGCUCGAAAGAACUAAUGUAGACUUAUUAUGUGUAUGUCAAGAUGAAUGCUUUCCUCCAAAGCAAUCAAGCGGCUCAAAAGUUUAUGGUCCUGAUAGUGGAAAGUCAAAAGUUGUGAACUUGCCUGCUGUAUCAAACUCUACUCUGAAUGAAACAGUUGUUGAUACAUCUUCAAUUGUGGCUUCAAAAGAGGUUGUCAAGAAGGCAAUUAAUGGAACAGCUGUAGAUGUUAGAAAUUUAUUGCCCCGAGGUUUGAUCAAUUCAGGGAAUCUAUGCUUUCUCAAUGCAACACUACAGGCUCUUCUAUCCUGUUCGCCUUUCGUUUGGCUUUUGCAGGAAUUAAGAAAUCGUGAUAUUCCUAAGAAUGGCUUCCCAACAUUGCAUGCAUUUGUUGAGUUCAUCUCUGACUUUGACAUGCCCUCUGAUUCAAGCUUGAAGAAGAAGGAUAUGGUUGUUCUCGAGACUGGACGACCUUUCAGUCCUAUGAUGUUCGAACCCAUUCUUAAAAAUUUUACGCCAGAUGUGCCAAAUAGUAUAUCAGGAAGGCCAAGACAAGAAGAUGCUCAAGAGUUUCUAAGUUUUGUCAUGGAUCAAAUGCAUGAUGAGUUACUCAAGCUUGAAGGUGUUUCAAACAUAAAUGGUGGUAAAUCAUCACUGGUUUCAGUUUCAGAAGAUGAUGAUUGGGAGACUGUUGGACCAAAGAACAAAUCUGCAGUUACAAGAACACAAAGCUUCAUGCCAUCUGAACUGAGUGCAGUUUUUGGGGGACAGUUGAGAAGUGUUGUGAAAGCAAGAGGUAACAAAGCCUCUGCCACUGUUCAGCCAUUCCUUUUACUCCAUCUUGAUAUUUUUCCAGAAGCUGUUCAUACCAUAGAGGAUGCACUUCGUCUAUUUUCUGCCCCGGAAACACUUGAGGGGUACCGAACGUCAGCAGCUGGAAAGGCUGGAGUUGUGAGUGCUAGCAAAUCUGUGAAGAUACAGACACUUUCAAAGAUUAUGAUAUUGCAUCUGAUGCGUUUUAGCUAUGGAAACCAAGGAAGCACCAAAUUACAUAAGCCUGUGCACUUUCCGCUUGAACUGAUCCUUGGACGUGAAUUGCUGGUCUCUCCAACUUCUGAGGGUCGAAAAUAUGAGCUUGUUGCUACUAUUACUCAUCAUGGGAGGGAGCCGUCAAAGGGGCAUUAUACUGCUGAUACCCGCUACUCUGAUGGCAAAUGGCUGAGAUAUGAUGAUGCAUCUGUCAAUGCAGUGAGCACAAACAAGGUGCUGCACGACCAGGCUUAUGUUCUCUUCUACAAACAAGUAGAGGUAUGUAGGUAGGAGGUUUAGCCUGAAUCCAACCUUGUAAAGAAUAGUAAAUCAUGUUUAUGAAUAUGUGGAAUGGGUGGGAGUGGUUUGGCUCUAGUUGGUCAAGACACUGUCCAUCCUGUUAUAUAUUAUCAGCCUUGUCACAAAAGUUGGAUAGAGGCGUGCAAGGCUCCUUUGGAAUAGGCUAUAGAUGAAUGUAACAAUUCUUCCACCUUGUCACUGAGGACAUGUAAUUUUUAUCUUCUCUUUUGUGAAGUUACCAGAAAUCUAUGGAUUUUUUUUCUCAUC